AUGGAUCCGAACAACAACAACAAUCGCAUGCCUGCGAACUACGGCUACAAUGACCGCAACUACAACGCGGCCAACAGCCGUGCCUAUCCCACGACUCCAUCCGCUUUCCCCCAACCGAUCUAUCAGAACCCAGGAGCUCAGGACUAUGUCGACCCCUCAAAUCCCGCUUACGCCCCGGGAUACUUCAUGCAACAUCCCUAUACUGCCCAGAAUCCUCAGUAUGCUCAACAGCAGCAGCAGCAGCAACAGCAACAGCAUCAGCAGUAUGCGCAGCAACAGGCCCUGCAAUCACCUCAGGCAGCCUACCAGACCCGCCCCGGGUAUGCCAAUGAUGCGACAAACGGGUUGAUCCAGCAAUUCUCCAACCAGGACCUGAACGCCAACCGAGGGGGUUUCUUCAACCGGGCUCCGUCCCCGGCCUCUCGUCCUCGAACCGCGGGAGGAUCGCCGGCCGGCCAGGCGCAGGCUGCACACCUUGUCCCUCCAGUGCCUCGAAGCCCCCGCCCGCCAUCGGAGCACGAGGAGUUGCAGCGCCACCCAGAACGGUACUCGGAGAAUGUCCACAAGCGCGGCAAGGCUGCCAAGGAGUUGGUUACGGUCUUCUUCCACGAGAACAUUGAGCGAGCUCGUGAUCGUAACAUGCGCUCCGUUGACCUGGACAAGACCCUCCAAGACGCGAACAUUCCCGCGACCCAAAAGCGCCAAGAAGCAGAGGGAAUCUCCAAGAGAGAAUCAGACUUUUUGCGAUUCCUCCGCACCAAGGAGACCCCACAGAACUUCCAGACCAUCAAGAUCAUCGGAAAGGGCGCUUUCGGAGAGGUGAAAUUGGUGCAGCGCAAAACGGAUGGCAAAAUCUACGCCCUCAAGUCUCUCAUUAAAUCGGAGAUGUUCAAGAAGGAUCAGUUGGCGCACGUUCGGGCUGAGCGUGAUAUUCUAGCAGACUCAAAGGACAACCCUUGGCUGGUCAAGCUGCACGCUUCCUUCCAGGAUACAGCCUACCUCUAUCUGCUGAUGGAGUUUUUGCCCGGUGGUGACUUGAUGACAAUGCUUAUCAAGUACGAGAUUUUCUCCGAGGAUAUCACACGUUUCUACAUGGCCGAAGUCGUCAUGGCUAUUGAGGCCGUUCACAAGCUUGGUUUCCUUCACCGUGACAUCAAACCUGACAAUAUUCUUCUCGACCGUGGUGGCCAUGUGAAAUUGACCGAUUUCGGUCUAUCCACUGGCGGUAAAAAGACCCACGAUAACGCCUAUUACCAGAACCUCCUGAAGAACUCCACGUCAAAGGAUCGUAACCGUAACUCCGGCUACUUCAACGACGCCAUCAAUCUGACGGUCUCCAAUCGUGGCCAAAUCAACACGUGGCGAAAGUCUCGCCGUGCCAUGGCGUAUUCCACUGUUGGAACACCCGAUUACAUCGCGCCAGAGAUUUUCAACGGCCAAGGAUACACGUAUCUCUGUGACUGGUGGUCAGUGGGUGCCAUUAUGUUUGAAUGUCUUGUCGGCUGGCCGCCAUUCUGUGCGGAGGAAACGCACGAGACUUAUCGCAAGAUUGUCAACUGGCGCGAGUGCUUAUACUUCCCCGACGAGCUGGUUCUCUCUCGUGAGUCUGAAUCAUUGAUUCGAAGCUUCUUGUGUGAUCCUGAACACCGUAUUGGCAGCGAGGGUGGACAGCACGGGGGUGCCACGCAAAUAAAGAACCAUCCGUUCUUCCGUGGUGUUGUAUGGGAUCAGCUACGCAACAUCCGGGCGCCCUUCGAGCCUCGCCUCAGCUCCAAUAUCGAUGUGUCGUACUUCCCCAUUGACGAGAUCCCUCAGGAGGAUACAAGCGCCAUCCACCGUGCCCAAGCUCGGGCCAUGCCAGAGUCGCAAGAGGCCGAGAUGAGUUUACCAUUCAUCGGUUACACCUACAAAGCCUUCAAUGCUUUCCAGAGCAACUAA